GCAUGAGCCGGAGAAAGACGGAAAAAAACGAAUGCAUUGCAUUGUGGGAAAAAGGAGCUAGUCGCCAUCUUGCUUUUAGCGCCGCAAGUUAUCAGGGUAGAAUAAUAACCACGUUUGAAUGAAUAUUUUUGAGACAUACGAGUGUUUUAACAAUUCAAUUUGAGCAUAUAUUGCAGGUAGUGGGGUGUACGAGUGUGUAGUUGGAACACCGUGUUGUUUAUUUUGAAUAUUUCCGACUUUUAGAAGUAGUUAACUGGGAUUUUUUUUAGACUUGAGGUGAUCAUGGGUCGAUCUAGAAGUCGCAGUUCGUCCCGUUCCAAACACUCCAAAAGCAGCAAGCACAGCAAAAAACGGAGCCGGUCGCGUUCACGGGACAAAGAGAGGACCAAGAAACGAUCCAAGUCCCGUGAAGCGAAGAGGAACCGGCGCAGAGAAUCACGUUCUCGUUCCCGGUCAGCUACAGCAUCGACCCGUAGGGAAAGGGAGAGAGCGGUCACACCGCCGGAGAGAAUUGACAUAUUCGGCAGGACACUGAGCAAGAGAAGCGCCUUGGACGAAAAACAGAGAAAAGAGGAAGAGGAGAAGAAAGUCGAAAUGGAAAGACAGAGGAAGAUCAACCCUCCCCUCUUUCUCUCGCCACCCUUGCCGUGCAGCCGGCAGGUGGAGGUAGAGGAGAAGCUGAUCGAGGAGGAGACGGCGCGUCGCGUGGAGGAGCUGGUGGCCAAGCGGGUGGAGGAGGAGCUGGAGAAACGUAGAGACGAGAUCGAGCGGGAGGUGCUGCGGCGUGUGGAGGAGGCCAAGCGCAUCAUGGAGCACCAGCUGUUGGAGGAGCUGGAGAAACAGAGGCAGACGGAGCUACAGGCCCAGAAGGCCAGAGAGGAGGAAGAACGAUCCAAACGGGACGAGCUGGAGAAAAUCCUGGAGGAGAAUAACCGCAAGAUCGCCGACGCUCAGGCCAAGCUGGCUGAGGAGCAGUUGCGUAUCGUAGAGGAGCAGAGAAAGAUUCACGAGGAGAGGAUGAAGCUGGACCAGGAUCGCCAACGGCAACAGAAGGAGGAACAGAAAAUGAUCCUGGGCAAAGGAAAGUCCCGGCCCAAGCUCUCCUUCUCCCUCAAAGCCACCGAAUGAGUCUCUCAUCCCUCCUCUCUUCCUUCUCCUGCCCUUCUCAUCCCACCCAGCACUCUGCUCCUCCUCUCUGGAACGCUAGCUGUGUGAAAGGCUGAAGGGUAGCCCACGGCACCGUCCUGCUCUACAGACCUUUCCCAACCAAGCCUUGGAGGGAGGCCCACCCACCUUCAAACCUGUUUCGCCGCUUAACCCCUUUGACCCCCCCCCCCCACCCAGUGACUAUUGUUUGUGAUUUUUUAUUUUUACGGAUUUGAUCUGUCACUACUUGGUCUUCUUACUGAGGCCCACGAGCGGUUGAGUGACCUUUGUUUCCACAGGGUGUUCUGUUGAAGCUUAUUAAAACUGUGGGGUUUAGGAGUUGGCCUAGGUUUUCCUGUUCCGUAUGUGUCUAACGUAGAAAGACCAUUUCCCCAAGCAGGGCUAACCUAAAGUGAUGCUAGGCUAACCUAAAGUGAUGCUAGGCUAACCUAAAGUGAUGCUAGGCUAACCUAAAGUGAUGCUAGGCUAACCUAAAGUGAUGCUGCAGGCUGGGCUAACCUAAAGUGAUGCUAGGCUAACCUAAAGUGAUGCUGCAGGCUGGGCUAACCUAAAGUGAUGCUAGGCUAACCUAAAGUGAUGCUAGGCUAACCUAAAGUGAUGCUAGGCUAACCUAAAGUGAUGCUAGGCUAACCUAAAGUGAUGCUAGGCUAACCUAAAGUGAUGCUAGGCUAACCUAAAGUGAUGCUAGGCUAACCUAAAGUGAUGCUAGGCUAACCUAAAGUGAUGCUGCAGGCUAGGCUAACCUAAAGUGAUGCUGCAGGCUAGGCUAACCUAAAGUGAUGCUGGAGGCUGGGCUAACCUAAAGUGAUGCUGCAGGCUGGGCUAACCUAAAGUGAUGCUGGAGGCUGGGCUAACCUAAAGUGAUGCUGGAGGCUGGGCUAACCUAAAGUGAUGCUGCAAGCAGGGCUAACCUAAAGUGAUGCUGCAGGCUGGGCUAACCUAAAGUGAUGCUGCAGGCUAGGCUAACCUAAAGUGAUGCUGCAGGCAGGGCUAACCUAAAGUGAUCCUGCAGGCUGGGCUAACCUAAAGUGAUGCUGCAGGCUAGGCUAACCUAAAGUGAUGCUGCAGGCUAGGCUAACCUAAAGUGAUGCUGCAGGCUAGGCUAACCUAAAGUGAUGCUGCAGGCUGGGCUAACCUAAAGUGAUGCUGUAGGCUAGGCUAACCUAAAGUGAUGCUGUAGGCUAGGCUAACUUAUACUCAGUAAAGCACAGUGACCUCCACCUGACAGGUUAAUCUUCAACCUCUCCUAUAUCUCACAUCAGAUGUUUUUAUACUCAACUUUUCUCCUAGAUUUAGAUUAGCAUCAAAUACAAAAACCAAAACAGGUGGACGAAGAGUCCCUACUGCUGCACGGGGGGGAACCCAGGCCAAUUCCCAAUCUGCCCAUGGAGCUGGUCAGGUUGGCGUUGCAGGGUUGGAACAGGAUACGAGGGGGGACGAGAGACAUUUCCUGUAUGAUGUAAUAUUUAGAGUCUCUGUCAUGUGGUGUCCUACUCUUGUGAGAUAAUAUAUGAAAUGAAUCCAAAACAACAUGGGAUUUAUUUAAUCGUGCAUCAUUUUACUGAACUGUUACCGUUUUCAAUCUGAGUGAAUUGUGCUCUGAAAGUAGACUGUUUCAGACUUCCUGCUCCUUAGCUUGUGUAGUAUAUUAACCCCCCCCCCCCUGUUAGGGUCCCCGUCAACUCCCCGUCCAAGUCCAGGUAAGAUUGACUAGGUACAUGGUUUAGGUCUGACAGUGAGAGUGAGUGUGUGUGUGUGUGUGUGUGUGUGUGUGACAGUAUGUAUGGCUGACCUCUGGUAAAGGGGCUUCAUGAGUAAGUGAAAUUUGUCUUGUGGUAAUUUCCCCCAACUUGUUAAUGGGGGCUGAACAAUUUACCAAUAAAUCCAUUGAAUGCAACUGUCUCGGGA